AUGAAAGAUAUUGACGAGUGUGCUCUUGGAACAGACGACUGCUAUGUCAAUGCUGUCUGCGAUAAUACCAUGGGAUCAUACAAAUGCGAUUGCAUACCUCCAUAUUAUGGCGAUGGACGAGUUUGCGAAGUUUUGCAAUGCAAGGAACUUUACGACAGGAAUCUGACUAACGAGGGGAACCCAUACUGUGGUCUUGGUGUGUGUGGAGAAGAUCACUGGAAACUUGUUAUGAAGAUUGACGGCUCAAAGGGAACCUUUCACUAUGAUUCAAGCAUUUGGAACGAACAGCAAACAUAUAAUCCUGCCGGAGGAGAGAAUGUUUUUGAUACAGAGGAGACAAAAUUGACGACCUACUGGAACACACCAUUCACCAAGAUCUGUCUCGGAAUGAGGAUCCCUGGCGAGGAAAAUAUCAAUUUUCUCGUCAUAAACCAGACAGCUGACUCUUUGCACUCGCUGCUCGCUGACGGACAACAUCGCGCCACUUCACUGGGUCGUGACACGUGGAAGACGCUAAUUGGUUCCCAGGCCUCCUUACAGAUGAACUGA